AUGUCUAUCUACAACCCCGAAAGCUCCUUUCUCUUGGAUGCUAUGGCGUCGGAAUGGUGUUCAUCCAUCGAUGUCCUUCCAUUGAACGAGACCGAUGUCUCCAGUUACCUCGAUGCCAAUCCAGAUGUCAUUGUCAGAUAUCUUCAGGAGAGGGUUCCGCUGGCGGAAUCUCUCCUGAAGACGUUUUUCGCCGACCUCUUCAAGGCUCCCGAAUCCAAGACUGCCGAGUCCAAGGCUACUGAGUCCAAAGUUGCCGAAUUCAAUGCUGCUGGAAGACCAGAUGCCCCUCCGGCUGAAGAGUCACUUUCCCAGAAUCUUUUUGAGGACGAUUGGGAUGAUCUCUUCCCCGGCAUACAACUCGACAACGAGCUUUUUGUCGACGAUGUGCAAGAAGCCAGACGCGACGUCAAUGAAUACCAAGCCAAGACAGUUGUGCCAUCUGAAAUCGAAAUUCAUCACGAUGCAGAGGAGCACGAGGCUGAGUUUUAUGAGGAGCAGCAAGAUCCAAUUGUUGUCUCUGACGACGAGUCUGACGAGGAGUCCGAAGCGGAAGCCGACCAAGACGAUGACAAUGAGUCCUUUGAAGGAUGCAAUGAGAGCGCCGACGAGUAUUACGACCAAGAAUCUCUGUGCGAGUCUGAGGAGGCAGCCAAUCAGACAUUCGACCAGAACUCGGACGACGAGUAUGUGGAAGACUUCGGUCCUGAUUACGCCCGUCAAUCGAUCGAAGAGUCCGACGAAGCGAACGACGAAUCAGACGAAGAAGCCAACAAGGACUCCGACAAUGAUUCUGACUGCGAGUACAACGAGACAAACGACAAGGGCUCCGAAAACGACUCCGACGAUGAAGAGAACGAGGAGACCCCUCAAGCUCAAGCAGGCUAUGAGAAUGGCGCUCGUCGAGCAAGCUACAACUCUCGUGUCUCUCCGCCUCUUUUGGAUCCGUCCGUUCGGAUGACGCCAGAUUCACCGGUUGUUUCACCGCCGCGAUCGCCCCCGGCACCGGCACGCACUCCACCCCCAUCACCUCCAGCACGAGCACGAGCACGCCCGAAAGCCUCCAAACGUCGUCAGAGCCGUCCUGAACGUCAAACUCGAGCUCGAUCAACAGAAAACGAGCCGCCCAUGCCUUUCCCUGCACCAGACGACCUCGUCGACAAGUCACGAAAACAGCCAGAGGGCAAGAAAUGGCGCCUGUUCGAGGAAGAAGCGUGCAUUGCGCACAUGAUCAACAUCCGCGACGAGGGGAGGCUGAAAGGCGAGGCGCGAUUCGCCGAAGCACAACGCCGGAUGGAAGACAUGGACGGAAUCGUGAAGAACGGCAGAUUCGCGGUCAAGAACUUCUGGAACCGCGUCGGUCGGGCACGCUCUGGAUUUGAUGAGCGCAAGAACAAGAAAGCGCCCCUUGCAACGUCCAAGCAGGGUAGAAAUGCCGAGGACGACUCGACGACCGCCCCUUCGACCAGCCGCAAGCGCAAAGCCUCGUCCACGACCAACAGAAAGACACAACGCAAGCGCAGGGCCAGAUCCGACUCCGACUCCGAGGAUGACGACGAUGUAGACGUCUACAAGUGGGACUCCUCGGAUCAGUCUGAGGAGGCGCGCCCGGUCAAGUCCAAGGCAAAGGCCCAGGCACACUCACAGGGACGAAACCGCAAGCGAACUCGAGACGAUGACAGCGAGGAUGAUUGGCAGCCGGAUGAAGCCACUAUCAAUGCAUUGCAGAAGGGGCUGAGAGCGCCGAAGAAGUCUCGCAGUGCCUAUUAG